AUGAGAUACACUCAUUUCCUCAGCGCACUGGCUGCUUGUGCCUUUGAAGGCGCAGCUGCUAUCAGCGUCACUGGUGCAGCAGAAGGCUUUGCCAAAGGUGUCACUGGAGGUGGUAGUGCCACUCCAGUCUACCCUUCUACGACUGCCGAACUGGUUUCGUAUUUGGGAGACUCAUCUGCGCGUGUGAUUGUCUUGGACAAGACCUUCGAUUUCACCGGUACUGAAGGCACCACAACCAGCACUGGAUGUGCUCCCUGGGGUACUGCUUCGGCCUGCCAGCUUGCUAUCAACCAGAAUAGCUGGUGUACCAACUACGAGCCAAGUGCGCCUUCUGUUUCGGUGACAUAUGACAAUGCCGGUGUUCUCGGUAUUACCGUCGCCUCGCAUAAGACGCUCAUUGGUGAAGGUACCAGCGGUAUUAUCAAGGGCAAGGGCUUGCGAAUUGUCAGCGGUGCCAGCAAUAUCAUCAUUCAGAACAUUGCCAUCACCGAUAUCAACGCCAAAUACGUCUGGGGAGGUGAUGCCAUCACCCUCGACGAUGCUGAUCUGGUCUGGAUCGACCAUGUUACGACCGCACGUGUUGGUCGUCAACACCUCGUCCUAGGAACCAGUGCCGACAACCGUGUGACCGUCUCCAACUCCUACUUUGACGGCCUCACUUCCUACAGCGCCACAUGCGACGGCUACACUUACUGGGGUAUCUACCUCGAUGGGUCGAGCGAUCUUGUCACUUUCAAGGGCAACUACAUCUACCACUUUAGUGGCCGCAGCCCCAAGAUUCAGGGCAACACCUUACUUCACGCAGUCAACAACUACUGGUACGACUCCACCGGCCACGCCUUCGAGAUCGGUAGCGGUGGCAUGGUCCUCGCCGAAGCUAACGUGUUCCAAAACAUCAAUACCAUUGUUGAGUCUCCCAUGGACGGCCAACUGUUCACCUCGCCCGAUGCGACCACAAAUGCCGUGUGCAGUACUUAUCUCGGUCGUGCCUGUGUGGUCAAUGGCUUUGGCAGCUCCGGAACUUUCAAUGAGGCUGAUACUGCUUUCUUGGUGGACUUUGAGGGGAAGAAUGUUGCUAGUGCUGCUGCGUAUACCUCUAUCAAGAGCACUGUGCCGUCUAGCGCUGGUCAGGGUACUAUUUAG